AUGGUGAUCACGGAAUUAUUUUCUCUCCAUGUUAUGGUGAGUGCAGCAUCCCUUCCGACCUUCAAGUUAAAUCCCAUCGAUGGAAGAAUUUCAAGUCUUCAAUAUAUUGGCAAAAAUCUUAUUGUGGUUCAAACCAGUGAUAAAUUCAGUUAUGUGAGUGUCGAUCAAGGUGUCAACUUUUACAAUUUGAAUCAAUUACUCAAAACCUGUGAAGAGUACAAGUGUAUUGACAGUGUGGUGAAACAUCCAACCGAUACCAACAUGUUUGUCUUGCUAUCAAGCAAGAAGAAUUCACAAUUUAUUUGUACCAAUUUAAAUUCUCUCACAGGUCCUCAGGAAAUUGAUAAAUUGAGUUGUGUUCAGAGAUAUUUACCGAAAAGUACACUCGAUGAAGAAUCCAACAGCUCUGCAAAGAAUAGAUAUCAACAACAUGCUGUUUUGAAAUAUAUUUUCCAUCCUACUAUUCAUGAUACUCUUCUCGUUUUGAUGAGUGAUCAUAAUUUAUAUAUUAGCUAUAAUUUGGGUUCAAAUUUUUUCAAGUUAAAAUCUGGUGUGAAAUCCAUUUCGUUUGCCAACAAGGAAUCAAGAAUGUACAGUGACACUCUUCUAUUCGGAAUUAAAGAAAAUGAAGAUGGUACGAGUUACUUCUUUAGUAUGGAUUCUCGUAAUAGAAAUGAAGAGGAUAAUGAAAUUAUUAUUCAUCCAAGAGAUUUUAUGAUGUAUGGGCAAUUUUUAUUUGUAGCCACUACGGAGGCACCAGUGACGGCGAAUGGACAAUCUGAAUAUGUUGCCAAACUCUAUGUCAGUUCCGACAAUGGUCACAGCUUCAAUCGAGUGCGAAUAACCAACAGAAAUGGUGUUCUUGAAAAGUCAUUUGUCAUUCUAGAUGGUAGUGAAGGAGCAGUGUUCAUCAAUGUUCAACAAGAACAAGUUGUGGCAUCCUCAUCGUCCUCCUCUCAAUAUUCACCUAGAUUUGGAAAAGUCUUCCUUUCCGAUUCACGAGGAGUGAAAUAUAAGGAAUCUCUGUGGAAUAAUAGAAAAGAAGGAGGUCAUGCAGAUUUUACAAAAGUGAAAUCUCUGGAAGGUGUCUAUUUGGCUAAUCAAAUUCAUACCGAUGACAUGUCAAGUGUUGACAUUUACGACUGCAACAGCUGCAAUGGUUAUGAGGAUUGUACAAACAAAUGCAAGACCAAAUCACUCAUUACAUUUGACAAAAUGACAUGGCACUAUAUACAACCACCAAAAGUAGAUGCUCAAGGAAAGCCCAUUCAAUGCUCCAAUUGCCAUCUCAACAUUCAUGGCUUCACCGCUUCCUCCUCUUCCAAUUAUGUCAAAAUCCAAUCUCACAAAGAUGCAGUAGGUAUCAUUCUAGCCAAUGGAAAUGUUGGACAAUAUUUAGACUCCAAAAUUGUAAAUACCUACAUGAGUAGAGAUGGUGGUUUGACAUGGUUUGAAAUUGCUAAAGGAUCAUACUUGUAUGAAAUUUUAAAUCAUGGAGGAGUUUUAGUCACUGUGAAAAAUAAUCAACCUACUGUGGAAAUUAGAUAUACUCUCGAUGAAGCAGAGACGUGGAUUUCUGCAAAUUUUACAGAUCGAGCCAAUAGUCCAUAUCAUAUUAGCAAAUUAUAUGUCAAUGAAAAACAUGAUCCCUUGGCCAAAUAUAUGAUUAUUCAUGGAUCUGGAGAUACUACGGGAGACAUUCUCAUUCGAGUUGAUUUUUCUCAAGUUCAGGAACGUGAAUGUAAUGGAAUUAACAAUCCAUAUGAUCAGAAUAGUGACUAUGAAUACUUUAAACCUCACAGUUACUCGAAUAAUUGCUUCUUGGGACGAGUUGUAGAAUAUACACGAAGAAAACGAAGUGCCAAAUGUUUUAAUCCUCAACUCACCGAAGAUAAGCCAAUCAAAAUCAAGAAUUGUGAAUGUACCUAUGCAGACUAUGACUGUGAUUAUGGUUAUGACAAGAAAUUGCUGUCACAAGACAAGACCACCUUCACUUGCACUGCACUUUCCGCACAACUCGAAGAAGAAUCAAAAAGCCCAUCACUCUCCUCAUGUCAAACUGAGAGGUAUUACAAUGAAUCGAGAGGGUUUGCCCGUCUUCCUGGAAAUACAUGUGUUGGAGGUGUGAGUUCCAAGUUAGAUCCUAUUCAGAGAGAAUGUCCAACGGCCAUGAGUGGAUGGGCUAUUUUCAUUCUACUUUUAUUCUUCUUGGUCUUGUUCAUGUUCACCAUUCUACUCGUUUACAAACAUUCCUCUCGUUUACAAGCAUUAUUCAAUCCCAAUCGAAUGAGAUAUCGAUACAAUCAACUCAUUAAUGAUAUGAGCGCCAGUGAGGGAUCCAUAGAACAAGACAUUGAAAAUAAUAGAAAUCAAUACGAAAUACAUAACAAUGAAGAUGUUUUUGAUAAUCGAAUUGAACAAUCCGAUGAUGAAGAUUUUGGUUUGGAUGUGACUGAAGAGGAACAAGAAGCACCCGAAGAGAUGGAUGAGAGAGGUCUAUUCAAAGCUUCCCAUCAACAAUAA